GCCGACGAUGGAGCCGCUUCCCCGCGGCCCCGGCCGUGCCGCCUGGCCGCUGACCUGCCUGGUGUUGCUCUCCCUGCGCGGCUGGCCAGGUAUGGAUGCCCAGGUGGGUCAGGGCUUCAAGGUGCAGCAACCCCAGCCCAAGGUGUUGGUGACAGCGGGGGAGACGCUCAACCUGACCUGCACCACGUCCGGAGACGGUCCCGCUGGUGCCGUGAAGUGGCUGAAGGGCUGGGGCAGUGGGAACGAGACCGUUUAUGACCAGACGGCCUCCUUCCCCCGCGUGACGAGGGCAGUGAGUGGGUCCGACACAGACUUCAGCAUCCACAUCAGGGAUGUUCGCCUCGAGGAUGCCGGCAUCUAUUACUGCGUGAAGUUCCGCAAAGCGCUGGGCGGUGUUGAUGAGCCGUUUCAGCAUGGAAACGGCACGGCGGUGUCCGUGCACGCCAGACCCACCUCCCCGGUUGUGUCUGGGCCCGACCACAGAGUGACACCAAAGCAAUCGGUGCCUUUCACCUGCACGGCCGGAGGAUUCUUCCCCGAAAACAUCAACGUGAAAUGGCUCAAGGAUGACAGCCCGAUCCCAGACCAGCAGUCCCAGAUCACCCCUGGGCAGACAAAAUCCUCCUACAACAUGUCCAGCACCGUGCUGGUGACACUGCAGGAGAACGACGUCCGCUCGCAGCUCGUCUGCGAGGUGCGGCACUCCACGCUGACGGACCCGCUGAGGGGGGUGUACCCGCUCAGCAGAGCCCUGCGAGUUUCCCCCAGUGUCCACGUGGUCCCUGACCCGCCGAGCCCCGUUGAGGUGAACAAGACCGUGAACUUCACCUGCCAUGUGGAUGGGUUUUACCCGAAAGGUGUGGCCGUCACCUGGCUGGAGAACGGCGUGGAGAUAAAGGUGGAGAACGUCUCCCAGCCGAUGGAGACCUCCAAGGGCUUGUUCAGGCUGAGGAGCCUGGUGCAGGUCCAAGCGACGGAGGAGAAGAACGGGUCCGCGUUCACCUGCCGAGUGGUGCACGAUGCCUGGGACUCCAUCAACAGGACAGCCACCCUGCAGAUCGCUGCCCCAGCCAGGGAGGGACAGAGCGACUGGCCCCAGACAGAUAACGAGAAUUUGCUCCUCAUCUAUAUUGUGGUGGGAGUGGUCUGCACUGUGCUGGCACUGCUGGUGGCUGCAAUUCUUUGCCUCAUCCGGGCAAAGCAGAGCAAGGGUAAAAGCUCGCCAUCUGCUAGGUUACAUGAGCCGGAGAAGAGCAGCGAGGCCACUACCCAGGAAUCGGACCCCAACAACCUGACCUACGCGGACCUGAACUUCGACAGAGAGAGGAAGACCAUCCGCCGGAUGGUGGAGAUGAGCCAGCAGUCGGAGUACGCCUGCAUCCAGACCAGCCAGGCGCCCACCGGCGAUGACAACCUCACCUACGCCGACCUGGACAUGGUGCACCUCAGCAAGGCGCCCAGGCGACCUGCCCCGCGCCCCGAGGAGGCCGGCUCCGAGUAUGCCAGCGUCCAGAUCCCGAGGAAGUGAGCAGGGCUGCAGCGGCUGCCGGGACCCCCAGCCUCGUGGGGAGCCACCCUGCUCCUCCCCAGGAGGAUUUUCUUGGAAGCACUGAGAGUGAUGUGAAGAUGCGCUGCGGUACUCACCUUUUGGGAUGGAAAUGGAGCCUGCAAUACUGUGGGGGUCGGCUCCCAUCCGCAGAGACCCGAUUUUUGGGGGCAGCUUGGUCCUGGGGCUGCCGGCUCCAUCCCUUCGGGAUCCCCCCCCACAGCCACGGGAGCCGCUCAGCCUCGGUGUGCUGGGUUUGCCUGCAAGCGGGUUAAGCCAGCGGAGCAGCAGCUCCUCGGGAAGCCCCAGCCGGGCUGAGGGGACGGGGACAGUGCCUCCACACCAGCUCCCAUGGGGAUGCCGCUGCCUGGCCAGGCUCGCAUGGCUUCCCGCAGCCGCCCCGACCCCGCAGGGUCCGGCCGGGGCCCCCCACGCUGCCUUCUGGGGCUCCCUGCCACCGGCGCCUGGAAAACAAACUCUGGCUUUAAAGGAAGGACCUAAGCGUCCGCCUCUCUCUUCCCAAGUGUCCCUUCUGCGGGACCUCGGUCUCGCACCAAGGCCAACGAGGCUGGGAAGGCCGGCGAGCUGAGCCCUCCUGCCGCAGGCUUUCCCCCAUCCUGCCGCCCAGGGAGGCUCCAGGUACGGCUCCCCGGCACCGAGCAUCCUCCUCCUCCUCAUCUUCCUCUGCACAGCCUUGCCCCGCAUCGGGACCCACCAGCGCUGCCCCAGGCUUGUACAAAGCGUGCAGCUCCACGCCGGCUGGGCUGCGGGUGCCCCCGCCAGCCUGGCUCCCCCCGGGAGCUCCCCGCAGGUACCGUGUAACAUGUUUUGACUGUUUGACAUGUAACUGUUAAUUUUUAGAGCUAAAACCCAAUGUUUCGUGUUGUACGUGGGUGUACUGCUGUGUACUUAACACUAGAGUAAGAUGUGCAAAAUUAAGACCGAGGCCUCAGUAAAGACCCCUAAACCCCGUAGAGUUUA